AUGGGCCUCUUAAAAUCAAUCUCCAUUUCCAUUUUCGUUUUUUCUCUUGCUUCCCUUUUCUUCCACUACACUCGUGCAGCUACAUUUGUAAUCCGUAACAAUUGUCCCUUCACAGUCUGGGCUGCUGCUGUACCUGGAGGCGGCAUGCAGCUCAACAAUGGCCAAACUUGGACCAUCAACCCUGGUGCGGGCACUAAAGGGGCCCGAAUUUGGGCUCGAACAGGUUGCAACUUCGACGGCUCCGGCUCCGGCCGCGGUCAUUGUCAAACAGGAGAUUGCAAUGGGCUACUUCGGUGUCAAGCAUAUGGUGUACCACCUAACACUCUAGCUGAAUACGCCCUCAACCAAUUCAAUAACUUGGACUUCUUCGAUAUAUCCCUUGUUGAUGGGUUUAACGUGCCAAUGGAUUUUAGUCCCACCGGUGGUUGCGCCCGUGGAAUUCGUUGCACUGCCGACAUUAAUGGCCAAUGUCCGAAGGAGUUGAAGGCACCUGGCGGCUGUAACAACCCAUGCACUGUAUUCAAGACAGACCAAUACUGUUGCAACUCUGGCAACUGUGGCCCCACAAACUAUUCUAAGUUUUUCAAGGUUAGGUGUCCCGAUGCAUAUAGUUACCCUAAAGAUGAUCAAACUAGCACAUUUACUUGUCCCGGGGGAACUAAUUAUCGAGUUGUCUUUUGCCCUUGA